ACCAGUGGACAGCUCCCGUGCCGACUGAAUCCCGCACUACCGUCUGCAAGCCUGCACAGCAUUUCCCCCUGCCUUACGCUUGGAGCUUUUGCAAAGAUGGAAAACCAGCGUGUUUGUAGUUUGUAGUUGAUUCCCAUCUUGGAAACUACCGGGCUGUUUACCUUUUCUCCUGUAAACUUCGGCUGUUUUGGUGAUCCUAUUCCAUUCUCUCGGAGCUCAUGAAUUGAAUUUUACGGAGUGAGAGUCGGGGUUUCUAUGAUUUUGGGACAGGCGCUCUAUCGCUGAAGCUAAACCAUGGAGAGGGCCGUUGGAUGUACUGGUCUGAAAAGACUUUUAUCAGUUACGAUCUGGUUUUUCUUUAUCGGUGGCAGCAGCAGAACAUUCGGUGGGGAGGUGACGCGGGGAUUCGUGGAGCUGCGCUUCGUGCUGGAGCCGCUGGACACGGUGACGGUGCGGGGAGGUGUGCUGCAGCUGGACUGCGAGGCACAGUCGGAGGGCGGCGUGCCGGCCAUCGCCUGGAAAAAGGACGGCGUGCUGCUCAGCGCCAUGGUGGACGAGCGGCGGCAGCAGCUGGCCAAUGGCUCGCUGCUCGUCCACAACGUGGUGCACUCGCGCCACCACCGGCCUGACGAGGGCCUCUACCAGUGCCUGGCCACGCGGGAGGGCGUGGGCGCCAUCGUCAGCCGCACCGCCAAAGUCACUGUGGCCGGUCCGCUGAGGGUGGUGGUGCCCACGGAGUCGGUGUCUGCCCACCUGGGCGACACAGCGCUACUACGCUGCGAGGUGACGGGCGAGCCCAUGCCCGUGGUGCGCUGGCAGAAGAACCGCGAGGACAUGCACACCGCCACGGCCGCCGCUGGCGCCAGCGCGGACGUCCGCGUGGUGGUGCUGCCCUCGGGCGCGCUGCAGGUCAGCCAGGUGCAGCCGCCCGACUCGGCCACCUACCGCUGCCUGGCCGAGAACCCGGGCAGCGCCCGCACGGGCACCGACGCCGACCUGCGCGUCCUGCCAGAACCAGGCGUGGCGCGGAGCCUGGAGUUCCUGCAGCGGCCAGUGAAGGUGACGGCUCUGCAGGGGAGGGAGGCCGUGCUGGAGUGCUCCGCCACCGGGUACCCCAACCCCUCCUUCUACUGGAUGAAGGGCGAAGAGAUGAUCCAGAGCAGAUCUAAGAAGUAUUCCCUGCUGGGCGGCAGCAACCUGCUCAUCAGCAGCGUCAGCGACGACGACGCCGGCACCUACAGCUGUGUGGCGCACAACGUCAACGAGAACAUCACGGCCUCCUGCGAGCUGACCGUGUUCGUGCCUCCGCAGUUCCUAAACUACCCAGCGAACAUGUACGCUUACGAGAGCACGGACAUCGAGAUGGAAUGUGCCGUGACAGGGAACCCACAGCCCAAGGUGCACUGGGUAAAGAACGGAGAGGUCGUCAUCCCCAGCGACUACUUCCAGAUCGUGGAGGGCAGUAACCUCCAGAUCCUGGGCCUGGUGAGGUCAGACGAGGGCUACUACCAGUGCGUGGCGGAGAACGAGGCGGGCAACGCCCAGGCCACCGCCCAGCUCAUCCUUCAGGAGCCCGUUGUCCCGAGCUCAGGCGCCCUCCCCUCCGCUCCCCGUGACGUGGUCCCUGUCCUAGUGUCCAGCCGCUCUGUGCGCCUCAGCUGGCGCCCCCCAAUGGAGGCCCGCGGAAACGUCCAUACCUAUGGCGUCUACUAUUCGCAGGAGGGGAUCAACAGGUAUGUGAUGCAAGUUCCUGGUCCAGUGCAGAACCUGCGUGCCCAGGCUACAUCCCCCUCCUCCAUCGAGGCAUUCUGGGACCCCCCAGCUUACACCAAUGGACCCAUCCAGGGCUACAGGCUGCUCUGGACAGAGAACUCUUCUGGAAAGGAGCAGAGUAUUGAUGUGAUCGCGCAAACCUACAAGAUGGAGGGUCUGAAGAAGUUCACGGAGUACUCUCUGCACGUUCUGGCCCUUAACCGCUUCGGGCCAGGUGUCAACUCAGAUGACGUAGCCGUCACCACCCUUUCUGAUGUACCGAGCGCUGCCCCUCAGAACAUCUCCCUUGAAGUUGUGUACUCCAGGAGCAUCAAAGUCAGCUGGAUGCCUCCGCAAACUGCCAUGCAAAAUGGCUUCAUCACUGGCUACAAGAUCCGGCAGAGGAAGACAGGUCGGCGUGGCGACCAGGAAGCCAUCGAGCCCAACAACCUGUGGUACUUAUUCACAGGGCUGGAGAAAGGGAGCCAGUAUAGCUUCCAAGUGGCGGCGAUGACUGCCAAUGGUACUGGCCCAUACACCGAGUGGAACAUGGCCGAGACACCGGAAAACGACCUUGACGAGACCCAAGUUCCCAACCAGCCCAGCUCACUGCACGUGCGGCCCCUGCCCAACAGCAUCAUCAUGAGCUGGACGCCCCCCCUCAACCCCAACAUUCUGGUCCGGGGCUACAUCAUUGGCUAUGGCGUGGGCAGCCCAUAUGCCGAGACGGUCCGUGUGGACAGCAAGCAGCGGUACUACUCCAUUGAAAACCUGGAGCCCAGCUCCCACUACGUGAUCUCACUGAAGGCCUUCAACAACGCCGGGGAAGGGGUGCCGCUGUACGAGAGCGCUGUGACCCGGUCCAUGUCGGACCCCUCAGACCCAUCGGACGAUGACCUGUUCCAUCUGUUUGAUAAAUACCCUACUCCCAUCCCAGAUACCUCCACCCCCAUGAUCCCCCCAGUAGGUGUCCAGGCCGUAGCCCUCACCUCGGACUCGGUGCGGGUCAGCUGGGCCGACAACUCCAUGUCCAAGAACCAGAAGGCCUCCGAGGUCCGUUACUACUCGGUGAAAUGGAAGACAAGCCACUCCACCAGUGGCAAGUUCAAGUCUGCAGACACCACAGCCCUAAGUCACACGGUCACUGGCCUGAAGCCCAACACCAUGUAUGAGUUCGCUGUCAGGGUCACCAAAGGUCACAAGUCCAGCACGUGGAGUAUGACAGCACACGCCACCACCUAUGAAGCAGCACCCAGCUCCGCGCCCAAGGACCUGACGGUCAUCAGCCGCGAGGGAAGGCCGCGGACGAUGCUCAUCAGCUGGCAGCCGCCCAUGGAGGCCAACGGCAGGAUCAUCGGCUACCUGCUGUAUUAUACACUGGAUAAGAACAUGCCCAUUGACGAAUGGGUGAUGGAGUCCAUCCAGGGGGACAGGCUCACCCACCAGGUCAUGGACCUCAAUCUGGACACCGUCUACUACUUCCGCAUACAGGCCAAGAACGCCAAGGGUGUGGGGCCCCUCUCCGACCCCGUCCACUUCAGGACCUCCAAAGUUGAGCACCCAGACAAAAUGGCCAACGACCAAGGUCGCCAUGGAGACAGCAGCUACUGGCCCUCUGACAACAACCUCAUCGACAGAAGCAGCCUAAAUGAACCUCCCAUUGGUCAGAUGAGACCCCCCCACGGCUCGGUGACCCCCCAGAAGAACAGCAACCUGUUGGUGAUCAUUGUGGUGUCCGUGGGCGCAGUCACCAUCGUGGUGGUGGUCAUUGUGGCCCUCAUCUGCACACGUCGCUCUUCGGCUCAACAGAGAAAGAAGCGGGCCACCCACAGCGCAGGCAAGCGGAAAGGCAGCCAGAAGGACCUGCGGCCGCCCGACCUGUGGAUCCACCACGAGGAGAUGGAGCUGAAGAACAUGGAGAAGCCAUCCAGUUCGGCGCCAUCGGGCCACGAGUCGCCCAUGCAUAGCGUCCAGGAGAUCGCCCCCGUCAGUGUUAGCCACAGCCAAUCAGAGAGCCAGAUGGGCAGCAAGAGCAGCCAUUCAGGAGCGGAUGCGGAUGAGGUGUCCAGCAGCAUGUCCACUCUAGAGCGCUCCCUGGCUGCCAGGAGGGCCACGCGCACCAAGAUGAUGAUCCCCAUGGACUCGCAGCCCAGCAACACACCGGUGGUGAGUGCCAUCCCCGUGCCCACGCUGGAGAGCAGCCAGUACCCGGGCAUCCUGCCCUCGCCCACCUGUGGCUACACCCACUCCAAGUUCGCCCUGAGGCCCAUGCCCUUCUCCACCCUGACCGUGGACAGGGGCUACGCCACAACCAUAUCCACAGAGGGCCCGACGCCCAUUGCGAGCCAGCAGCAGACGAUGAUCCCCGUCGGGCGGAAGUCGGCACGGGUCGAAGAGGAGCUUCCAGCCGUUUCCCCACCGCUCUUCCCCGCCUGCGCCCGGCCCACCCACCUCCCCUUCACCAACCCCCUCCUGCCCCCGCCCAUGGGCACCAUCGACCCCAAGGUCUACACGCCCAUGAUGCCCCAGUCAAGUGCCAGCCUUCCAAAGGCCCAGGUAAAGACAGCCUCCCUAGGACAAGCGGGCAAAGCCAGAUCACCUCUCCUCCCUGUGUCUGUGCCAAUGGCCCCAGAGGUGGGCGAAGAGGGCCAGAAACCCCCUGAGGAUCCAGCAAGUGUUUACGAGCAGGACGACUUGAGCGAACAGAUGGCCAGCCUGGAGGGCCUGAUGAAGCAGCUGAACGCCAUCACCGGCUCAGCGUUUUAAUGGCGGAGCGGCGCCGUCACGUGACGUGACAUGACGGACCGGCACGCGUU